AUGGACGGUACCAUGGGGCUCCAGGCGCUGCUGUGCGUGUGCUUGGUGUCCCUCCUCACCCUGCAGGCCGUGCCCGUUCUGGGCCUGGCCGCAGGCAGGCCCAAGGGCAAUGAGAAGCGACAGGCUGUGGACACAUCCCUCACUCACGUCUUACUGCAGACAGUCAAUGGCGUGUUCAUCCGGAGCUUGAAGGUCAACUGUAAAGUCACCUCUCGCUUUGCCCACUACGUCAUCACCAGCCAAGUGGUCAACAGUGCUGACAAAGCCAGGGAGGUGGCCUUCGAUGUGGAAAUCCCCAAGACGGCCUUCAUCAGUGACUUUGCCAUCACGGCAGAUGGGAAGGCCUAUAUUGGGGACAUAAAGGACAGGGUGACAGCCUGGAAGCAGUACCGGAAAGCAGCCAUCUCUGGGGAGAGUGCCAGCCUUGUCAGAGCUUCAGGGAGAAACAUGGAGCAGUUCACCAUCCACAUCACUGUCGGUCCUCGGAGCAAGGCCACAUUUCAGCUGACGUAUGAGGAGGUGCUGAAGAGAAGACUUAUGCAAUAUGACAUUGUCAUCAAAGUCAAACCAAAGCAGCUGGUGCAUCAUUUUGAGAUCGACGUGGACAUCUUUGAGCCGCAGGGCAUUAGCAAGCUGGAUGCUCAAGCCUCUUUCCUCAGCAAGGAACUGGCAGCUCAGACCAUCAAGAAGUCUUUCUCGGGGAAAAAGGGUCACGUGCUCUUCCGUCCCACUGUGGGACAGCAGCAAUCCUGCCCCACGUGCUCAACAUCCUUGCUGAGUGGGGACUUCAAGGUGACCUACGAUGUCAAUCGAGAUAAGCUCUGUGACCUCCUGGUGGCCAACAACCACUUUGCUCACUUCUUUGCUCCUCAAAACCUGACAAACAUGAGGAAAAACCUGGUGUUUGUGAUUGACAUCAGUGGUUCCAUGGAAGGCCAGAAAGUGAAGCAGACCAAGGAGGCCCUCCUUAAGAUCUUGGGGGACAUGCAGCCUGAAGACUACUUCGACCUGGUCCUCUUUGGGUCUCAAGUGCAAUCAUGGAGGGGCUCGCUGGUGAAGGUAUCCAAAGCCAAUCUGCAAGCAGCUCAACACUUCGUGCGGCAUUUCUCCGUGGCCGGGGCCACAAACCUGAAUGGGGGGUUGCUCCGGGGAAUUGAAAUCUUGAACAAAGCCCAGGAAAGCAACCCAGAACUCAACAGGCACGCUUCGAUUCUCAUCAUGCUGACAGACGGCGAGCCCACGGAGGGGGAGACAGACCGUGCCCAGAUCCUGAAGAACAUACGCAGUGCCAUCCAGGGCAGAUUCCCACUCUACAACCUGGGCUUCGGCCACGACCUGGACUUUAACUUCCUGGAGGUCAUGUCCAUGGAGAACAACGGUUGGGCCCAGAGAAUCUAUGAGGACAAUGAUGCCACGCAACAGCUACAGGGUUUCUACAGCCAAGUAGCCAACCCCCUGCUGACAGAUGUGGAGUUGCUGUACCCCCAGGAUGCGGUCUCAGCUCUAACAAAGCACCAACAUAAACAGUUCUACGAUGGCUCAGAGAUUGUGGUGGCUGGGCGCAUUGCUGACCACAAACUGGGCAGCUUCAAGGCUGAUGUGCGGGCCCAGGGGGAGGGGCAGGAAUUCAAGACUACCUGCCUAGUGGAUGAAGAAGAGAUGAAGAAAUUGCUCCGAGAGCGUGGCCACAUGCUGGAGAACCAUGUGGAGCGUCUUUGGGCCUACCUCACCAUUCAGGAGCUUCUGGCUAAGCGAAAGAACUUGGAAGGAAAAGAGAAGGCUAACCUAUCAUCCCAGAUCCUGAAGAUGUCACUGGAUUAUCAAUUUGUGACUCCGCUGACCUCCAUGACCAUCAGAGGCCUUGCAGACCAGGACGGGUUAGAGCCCACCAUUGACAAGUCUCCAGAUGAUUCUCCGCCCUUGGAGAUGGUGGGACCCAGAAGGACAUUUGUGCUGUCAGCUGGACAGCCUUCUCCUACAGCCAACAGUCCCAUCGUCGACAAGUUGCCAAGCCGAGUGACAGGCGUGGACACUGACCCCCACUUCAUCAUCCACGUGCCACAGAAAGAGGACAACCUGUGUUUCAACAUCAACGAGGAGCCUGGUGUGAUUCUGAGCCUGGUGCACGACCCUGACACAGGCUUCUCAGUGAAUGGACAGCUCAUUGGCAACGAAGCCAGGAAUCCUGGGCAGCAUGAGGGCACGUACUUCGGAAGACUGGGAAUCUCAAACCCCAUGUCAGAUUUUCAGCUGGAAGUGACGCCCCAGAACAUUACACUGAACCCCAGCUCGGGUGGACCCGUGUUCUCCUGGCGGGACCAGGCGACGCUGCGGCAGGAUGAGGUGGUGGUGACCAUCAACAGGAAGAGGAACCUUGUGGUGUCUGUGGAUGGCGUCACCUUUGAGAUUGUCCUGCACCGAAUGUGGAAAGGGAGCAGGGUCCACCAGGACUUCCUGGGCUUCUAUGUGCUGGAUAGUCACCGGAUGUCAGCUCGGACACAGGGACUGCUGGGACAAUUCCUCCACCCCUUUGAUUUUGAAGUGUUUGAUCUCCACCAAGGCUCUGACCCUGCAAAGCCACAUGCCACAAUGGUGGUAAAGAAUCGGCGGCUGAUGGUCACUAGGGGCAUACAAAAAGACUACAGCAAGGACCCCAGACGUGGAGCAGAGGUGUCCUGCUGGUUUGUCCACAACAAUGGAGCUGGGCUGAUUGAUGGUGUUCACACUGACUAUAUCAUCCCUGACAUCUUCUGAGAUCCCAGCUGGCACAGCAGUCAUCCUGUGGGAACAUGGCACAAGAAGAGGCCAGCAUCGUACCAGCUACACCCCCCUGAACAUGUCAAUUCCUUGUGACAAG